AUGGCGCCCAAGAUCGACCCCAACGAGAUCAAGAUCAUCUACCUCCGUGCCACCGGUGGUGAGGUUGGUGCCUCUUCGGCGCUCGCCCCCAAGAUUGGUCCUCUUGGUCUUUCGCCCAAGAAGGUCGGUGAAGACAUUGCCAAGGCCACUGGUGACUGGAAGGGUCUGCGUGUCACUGUCCAGCUUACCGUCCAGAACCGUCAGGCUGCCGUCUCGGUCGUCCCCUCGGCCUCGUCGCUCGUCAUCAAGGCGCUCAAGGAGCCCCCUCGUGACCGCAAGAAGGAGAAGAACAUCAAGCACGGUGGCAACAUCCCUCUCGACGAGAUUGUCGAGAUUGCCCGCAAGAUGCGCUUCAAGUCUUUUGCCAAGAGCCUCUCGGGUACCGUCAAGGAGAUCCUCGGCACUGCCCAGUCGGUCGGCUGCACUGUCAACGGCCAGAACCCUCACGCCAUCAUCGAGGGCAUCGACGCCGGCGAGAUCGAGAUUGACGACGAGUAA